AUGCCAGUGCGCCAUAACAUAGAUGUAAUGCAUGUGGAGAAGAAAGUCUCUGAUGCAUUACUUUCUAUUCUGAUGCAUAAUGCUAAAUCAAAGGAUGGUUUGAAAGCAAGGAAGGAUUUAGAAGAUAUGGGGAUUAGAAGAACCUUACACUCUGAGGUUCGUGGGAAGAAAACAUAUUUGCCUCCAGCGUCAUAUUGGUUAUCAAAGGCUGAGAAAAUUAGAUUCUGUAGGAGAUUGUCUAAGUUCAGAGGUCCUGAUGGGUACUGUGCGAAUGUUGGUAAUUGCGUUUCAGUAGAGCCUCCUGCAAUUGGUAAUAUGAAGUCGCAUGACCAUCAUGUGCUUAUUCAGAACUUGUUUCAUGUGGCAUUGAGAGGAUUACUGCAUAAAGGACCGAGGAUUGCAGCCAGAGGCGUGUAUGCAGAGGGAUAUUUAGCUGGAGAAUGCCUUGCAUUUUGCCUAGAGUUUCUACAAAACUCUUUGCCAGUUCAAGACGUAGUAAACCGUAAUGAAGACAUUGACUCAGAUCAACUCGCGCUUGAAGGCCGUCCUCUGCAGAAGGCUACUCAAGUUACACUUACUGAUAAAGAGCGUGACAUAGCACAUCGGUAUAUUCUAAUGAACACAGCAGUUAUGGAUCCUUAUGUCGAGUCUAGUGCUCGAGAUUCUAGACACACCGCAGAUAUAGUAACUUUCUAUGGAGUUGUGAAGGAGAUCAUACUGUUAGACUACCACAUGUUCCAGGUUCCUCUAUUUAGAUAUGUUUGGGCCAACAAAGGGAAUGGAGUGAAAGAGGAGGAGGCGUUUACUUUAGUUAACCUAUAUAUGAAUCAGUCAGCAUUUCUCCAAGAUCCAUAUAUCCUUGCAUCACAAGCUAAACAAGUUUUCUACUCUAGAGAGGAUGACACCUCUCCUUGGUACGUAGUUAUGAGGACGCCACCAAGAGGUUAUCACGAGCUAUAG